UGUGAACUUCGUGUGGCGCACGAGCUGGUCGUCGCCGAUGCGGCACUGCUGUGGCUCGUCGGACAGCCACAUCCGGCAGUCUAUGCUCCGGGUGUGUUCGCAGUGAUCCGUUCUGCCUAUCUCAGCAAAGUGGAUCGGCAACUGAUCGUCGAGCGUAUUGCUACCUUGCAGAUGCCGGAAUCGGUGGCCCGAUUCGCUCGUAUAUCUAUGGAAUCACGUCAUAAUACACGCAUAUGCCUGGAGGGCACUCACAUUAACCGUCACCUGUGCCGUUGCGGUAUUCCGGAUCCAGAAAACCGUCCAAAGGAGACGUCGCUCUCACUCAGUAGACCUCGUGAAGGCAUCAAAUGGAGUGAAAAGAAGUCGCAGGCGCAGCAGCAAAUCGUCAAAGAAACGUCGACAUCGAGAAAAGGCGAAGGAGCUCAAGGGCAAAUUGAAAAAGGCUUUCUGCUUACU